CAAUCCCAAAGUGACCUUUUUCCCCCCUCCGGAGUUCAAUGCGCUCUAGGGGCAGUGCGAGGGAUAGAUCUCGCGAGGGAGGCGGGUGAGAAGAAAUCGCACCUCUCCCCGCCUCAUGCACACCCUAGGCUGGCUGCGCGCGCACCUGCCUCCCUAAGGGCUCUUUCUGUCCUUCUUUAGGCCGCAGAAGUAGCCUAGGCGUUAUUCCGCCUCCACCCUACCCCAGUUUCGUGUCUCUGGCCUUUCUGUCCCCAGCGCCGCCAGAUCUUGCGGGGAGAAGGGGGUAAUAUUUUGAGCUGUUGCUUCUCCUUUAAGAAAAAAAGCCCCGUCGGUUGCCGGAUGAAAGUCUCUGAAAAAAAUGGCGGCGGUAGAACGAAGGCGGGGUUGUGGGGGCAACGAGGGCCCGCCUCCUGGCACAUGCGCAUCGUUAACUUAACCAAGGGCAUUGUGGGAGAUGAAGUCCUAUUUCGCCUAGGCUUUAGGAAAAUAGAUGGUAAACCAGAGGUGGAGAGAAUGCUGGGAGGUUCUGACUGAUUCACGCCGGGAAAGAUGCUUUAUUAGAGGAACUGGAACGCUCCACCCUUCAGGACAGUGAUGAAUAUUCCAACCCAGCUUCUCUUCCCCCUGAUCAGCAUUCCAGAAAGGAGAGUAACCUGGGUGAUACUUCAGAAAUCGUUUCUGUUCAGGAUAACACAAGUCCCUUGCCGUGAACCCCGAGAGCCAAAGGUGUCACCACCACCUUCUAAAACCUCAGCAGCUGCUCAGUUGGAUGAGCUCAUGGCUCACCUGAGUGAGAUGCAGGCCAAGGUUGCAGCGAGAGCAGAUGCUGGCAAUAAACACUUACCAGACAAGCAGGAUCACAGAGCCUCCCUGGACUCAAUGCUUGGGGGUCUGGAGCAGGAACUGCAGGACCUUGGCAUUGCCACAGUGCCCAAGGGCCAUUGUGCAUCCUGUCAGAAACCGAUUGCUGGGAAGGUGAUCCAUGCUCUAGGGCAAUCAUGGCAUCCUGAGCAUUUUGUCUGUACUCAUUGCAAAGAAGAGAUUGGCUCCAGUCCCUUCUUUGAGCGGAGUGGCUUGGCCUACUGCCCCAACGACUACCAUCACCUUUUUUCUCCACGCUGUGCUUACUGCGCUGCUCCCAUCCUGGAUAAAGUGCUGACAGCAAUGAACCAGACCUGGCACCCAGAGCACUUUUUCUGCUCCCACUGUGGGGAGGUGUUUGGUGCAGAAGGCUUUCAUGAGAAGGACAAGAAGCCAUAUUGCCGAAAGGAUUUCUUAGCCCUGUUUUCACCCAAGUGUGGUGGCUGCAAUCGCCCAGUGUUGGAAAACUACCUUUCAGCCAUGGACACCGUCUGGCACCCAGAGUGCUUUGUUUGUGGGGACUGCUUCAGCAGUUUUUCUACUGGCUCUUUCUUUGAACUGGAUGGACGUCCAUUCUGUGAGCUCCAUUACCAUCACCGCCGGGGAACUCUCUGCCAUGGAUGUGGGCAGCCCAUCACUGGCCGUUGCAUCAGUGCCAUGGGGCACAAGUUCCAUCCUGAGCACUUUGUGUGUGCUUUCUGCCUGACACAGUUGUCGAAGGGCAUUUUCAGGGAGCAGAAUGACAAGACCUAUUGUCAACCCUGCUUCAAUAAGCUCUUCCCACUGUAAUGCCAACUGAUUGACAGCCUCUUCAGAUUCCUUAUAAAAUUUAAACCAAGAGAGGGGAAGAAAGGGUAAAUUUGCUGUUACUGACCUUAUGCUUAAUAGUCUUAUAGAAAAAGAAAAGGUGAUGAGUAAAUAAGAGAACUUCUAGACUUUACAUGACUAGGCUGCUAAUCUUAUUGUUUAGGCUAUAAAUUCUCUUUCUCUCUUUCUUUCUUUCUCUAAUCAGGUACUUGGAGUUAGAUCUAGGUCCUUCCAUGUAGCCCCUCUACAGAGGUAUUUUCCACUUGCAUAAUUCAUUCCAACACUGGUUUUCUUAGGUUUUUCCAUUUUCACCUCUACUGAUGCCCCUACCUAGCUCUUUUCUAAUUUAGUCCUCAUACUUGUUACUUUUCAAGUUUUCCCAUUUCCCUGUGGCUCACUGUCUUACAGUCGCUGCUGUGGAAGCAUGAUACCAAUCCUAGCUGUUUGCAUCUUCCUUCAGUGUAUUUUUGUUUUUCAAGAGGAAGUAGAUUUUAACUGGACAACUUUGAGUACUGACAUCAUUGAUAAAUAAAAUGGCUUGUGGUUUUAAUAA